GUGAGUUUCCGCGGUGCAGACCGAUGUCGGCCGGUAGCUGCUGCAUGUGCAGAAGUUUCUAGGUUUCCUUCUGGAAGUUGAGGGCACUUUCAACCUCUAUACCUCGCUUUGUCGUGGAGCACACUACGCAUUGGUUCUUGAAUGCCUUGGAAGAUGUGUGCUGCAUUUCUGUGGGGUCAUACCAAGACCGAAUAUCCAAGUCGUAUAUCAACGCUUUCGUUGAAAGGCGGGAAUAAGCAGACACCCGAAUGAAUCACGUAUAAUGAGAAGAAAUGGCUGGUGAAAAUAUAGGAGCUCGCACAUGUGUGCUGACCACACCUGGUGUCUUUGUUCGGCUGCUCGGCAAGUCAGUACCCAUUUGUUCGGGAAGUUUUUUAAAGUCUCACAUUCAGCACUUGUCCAAAACGCUUGGAUUUCCUAGCAAUGAAGAAACAACAGCGGUCUCUGCGCAGGACAGAAAGGAUGAGGACACUGAGGGUAAAGCCCCCGUUGGGGCAACACGCUUCUCCCGUACUUCGGUACCUUCUGGCAGUGCCUCGUUAGACAACAACGGUGACAAGGAAACACGCAUAUGCCGAGCGAAACUGAGACGUGCCGUCUUAUCUCCGACGUUUCUCGCCCAUAUGAGCAGUCAUUUCGACAGUUGCAGCACCGCUCCGCCUGCCGCGCAGUCCGAAAGAGAUUUGGACGACGCCUGCCUCGCGUGGAGUUCCCUUCUCUGGAGGGCGAUAGGUUCUUUCUGGGAAACAGAAGGCGGAGAGCCUUGCUGUCCAGUCACUAGAGACGGCGUAAACGCGAGCGUCUCUGACGUGUCAGAGAACGAAGGUGAUCUACACAAUUCUAUGGAGGAUGUCAUUGCCGGUUUGGCGCAGCUGGUCAACAUCGAACAGGCGCUCGACGCUCUUUUAUCUGCCGUCGAAGCCGUGGUAGCGUCUCCGUUUCGAGCCAGAAAGUAUAUGAACAUUUGCACUGUGAUGCUGAAGCAAAUCGGGGACGCCUUGGACAAGCGUCUGUCUCCUGUUUGGCGUGGAGCCUCUUCGUCGAGCAAGUCCGGCGUGUCGCGACCAGCAAACGACGGUGGCGUUCAGUCAGCUGACGAAACGGGUGAAAAGUGGGAGUGGCGUGGGAGGCGCCGAAUCGCUGUCUGUCUCCUCUUCACCCGUCUCCCAUCCCUUAUAUGCAGCAUUGCACACUUUGUCGCCGCUUCUGCUCGGCCGCCACCCGGAGAACCUUCACGGUGCUUGUUAAGCUCGCCGUCUUGCGUGAAUGCGGGAGAUACAGCUUCAUUGAAACUUUUGAAGGAACAAAUUGGCUUGUACGAGAAAGGGCUGCUUACUAGUUUGGAUCUUAUUCGUACGGUCAUUCUGGAUGAAGCUGAGCGCUAUCACGCUCCGGUCGAAGAGUUUGAAUCGAAUCUCGUAGAGAAAGUGAUUUGCAUUUGCACUCCUACGAACAUGAAAUGGAAAUCAGAAAAAUCAUCAACAGAAAGCAACCGAACGAAGUCAUACGAAAGUCUCCUGCCCUCUUCCUUGAGAAGAUACGAUCUCGUGUUCGGCGACGCAGACGCAAGCGUUGCUGGCACCUCCAAACGAGGAGUUGGCAAACGGGAACUGCCGGACAAACGUCAAAUCAACCCAGAGCGAUCGAUUCGCGAUGCCACCUUGCGGGUAGCCGCCUUGAUUGAGGCACUGAUGAUUCCACUUCAAUCACUAGGAUUUAGUGAAUCUGCACCACCGGCACAAGAUGACUUUCCUCUGGCCGAUGCGUGGCGGAGUCCAAGAGUGACAACUCUCGGUGCUGAAAUCCUUCAGGUUCUGCGCAAGGCGGUGAAUCCCUCCGUCUCUCCCUCAUUCCCAACGAUGACUCAUCAGCAGUUUCUGUCAGAAGGCAAUCGUACGCGUUUAAUCUGUCGGACUUGCUCUCUGCUCCUGAGCUGCAAGCAGCUGCCUCGAGCUUUUGACGGAUCUAAGAAUCCAUACCGGCGGCAAAUGCUUUCCCUCGAACUCGCUGUGGACGUGGCAGCGGCUCAAGCAGAGACUAGCCCAGACUCUUUUCGGGACAAAAUUUCAGGAAUCAAAUGCCUUCCAGAUGGCUUGGCUGACGAGAACGUGCCGCAGCACGCGACCGCAUUUUGCCGUACUAAGGGAGACUAUGCGUCAAUACAGAAUGCUAGAAAAGCAACCUGGGACUUUGCUAGCCACCUUGGAGAUACAGGUGCAAUGCUUCUAUGCUUCAUGGUUGCCCGUGUCUUUCACGGCCUCCUACUUUCUUUGGCGGAGCAUGAAGCCACUGAUUACUCAAGACUAACAAUUCCAGUUCUCCUGCGCCUUGUUGACAUACCACAACCAAGUGUUCGUCGUCUAGGAUGGACAUGCUUGUCUAUUGCCAGCUCACUCCUGUCACCCUCAGAUGCGUUGGCAUUCCAAUCUCCCUUGCUGCGGGCUAUCCACGAUGGCUUUCCUAUCUGUAACGAAAUACCCACCUGUGUGGAGGAUUACAUGUCAGCAGUGGUAUCUGCUUUAAAGGUCCUUUUUCCGGACCCCACAGAGUCAUAUUUUCUUGCGGAACUGCAGUUUCUAACGAACAUGUGUAUAGUCACCCUGGGGCAGGAGCCUCCGUGUCUCGCAAGUUUUAUGCGGCACUUCCGAAGUGUUGUCAAACGAGCAGGGGUUGCUGCGAUAUACAUCGCUAAGGAUUUAAUAAAAAUCGGUCUACGAGGAGUUGAAUCACUAACGCCGGUUGCAAUCAUUGAAGGUAUCGCCCUGAUUCGGCAGCUGUUCGUCGAGUUGGGUGUGCACUCCGUUUCCUACGUACCGGAAGUGCUUUGCCGGCUUGUAAUGAUCUAUAUCACAUUUGUCUCUCCGGCGGUAGAUUGUUGCGACCAUCAACUAUUCAAGAUUGUUGGCACAGACGGCAACGCCGAGCGGCUAACAGAGACACAGAGGCUUCAUCUGGAAAAUGAGAGCGUGUUGUUAAUCAAGGCUAUUCGUGCCAACUGUACUGCAGACGAGUACGCCCGCGUUGUUGCAUGUCUACGCUGCACGUGCCUACAAAUAUCCUCGGUGCACGAGGCACAUCUAUGUCAUCAUGUACAGGAGUUCAGAGCAUUCUGUAUGCGCUGCGCACCGCUGUAA